UCAGCACAUCACUAGCCUUCACGGGUCCGUUGUCAAAACAAAUCUGUCCUUGGAAAAUUACGUUCAUUCUGAAAAUUUAAGUAUUUAAAAACAUUUGAAACGGGAUAAUUUAUGCGAUAUGAGGACUCCCCCUCAACGUAGAAAGGUUCAAAAUGAUGUCCAACUAGCUAGAGGCCGUUUAAGGAAUGCGUUGAACGAAACAUCGGCUGGAUCGGAUGAUGAUGGGAACGUCACUGAAGAAGAUUUGCCUCACCGUGGACGGCCCCCAAAGAAUUUGAAUAAUUUGCAUAGAGAAAGGACGUCUCCACGCAGUUUACGACAGAGAAGCUUGUCGCCGGGAAAAUAUUUAACUCCUUCAAAACGACGUAAACGUGAAGAGCAAAGGGUAGGAGUUUGUGGACUGGAGAAGGCUGACCAAAGUAGUCAACCAACGCAGAAAAUACAGGCAGAGAGUUUCGUCAUGAAGUUGUUUGAUCGUAGCCUUGACCUCUCUAAGUAUACCGAACAAACUGCAUUAUAUCCCAUAUGUCGCGCUUGGAUGUCUAAUCAGCCCCGAAACACAAAUAUACGUAGCUACCGAGAUAGAAGGUCGCCUUCGCCUGUCGAAAGGGAUACUAAUGCAGCUGAGUUGCUAGAAAAGUUGAGAAGUAGAGAAAUGCGGGAACUUAAGGCCAUGCCGGCGGCACAUCCAACUGAGGUCUCGAAAAUACCUGCUUUCAACCAUGAAGUAUCAACUACAGAAGAAAUUGACGCUAACGUUUUCGAUGAAGAUGGAUUACUGUUAAAUUCUGACAAGGAUAAACUAUUGGGAAUGCAUUUGAAUAAAUGGAGAGAAAUCAAAUCGAGUUGGCUGAAGCAUAAUAGAGAUUAUCAGAAACGAUAUGAAUUUAACCACUUAAUCCUGCAAGAACUAUUCAAACCAUAAAUUUAUAUUUUAAACUAAUAGGCUUCAAUAAACACUAGAAUUUUAAUUACAUUUCUAUUAACUUGUGUUCAGGUAUCAAAAUAAAUUAAUGAAUAAAUACACUGCCCAAUUUCAAGAG